UAUCAUCAGUUUGAUAAACGCGUUCCUCCAAGGAAGUCACUAAAUAACUUAUACACUGCUACAAGUUUCCACGAAUAUCUGAUAUAGAUAAGUAAUCCGAAUGCUAUUUGGUGGCAUUACUGGAUAAUAUUAUUUGAUCAUCUCACAAAAAAAUGCAAUCGAUUGGCACACUGCACCUGUUAGUUUAUCUAGUGUUGCUCUUCACGGUUCCAAAACAAGUGUGCAGCUACAAGAUUCUAAUGACCCUCCUUAUAGAAAGCGAUUCAGUUCAUUUUUUCUACAAUAAGAUCGCACGGCAUUUGGUUGAAGCGAACCAUUCAGUCACGUUUCUGACCUUCCAUGAUUCUUCUUUUACUCAUCCAAAUUUUGUAAACGUAAACGUUAUGGAAGGAGAACCUUCCUUGAAAGGUAACGCUUUCGACAUGAUGGACCUUGAAGCACUCACCGACCUUUUCUGCGCUGAAGUUGUAAGGAUCGGAACUCGUUUGUGGGAAAAUCAAGAUAACAAAAAACUGUUCGAGAACCGCCAUGAGUUCGACGCCAUCAUAACAUCGGCUGAUAUAAACGGUAUUGUCCUGCCAUACGCAAUAAACUACACGGGACCACUUAUACUGAUACAGAAUGCGGGUGUUGAAUAUUUCGCGACUGCUCACUCCGGGAACUGGCUGCCGCCCUCUGUGGUGCCGUCCAUUUUAAUGCCGUACGAUGAGCACAUGAGUUUCUACGAGCGAUGCAUGAACGUCUUUGACUUGUGGAAUUUCUACCGCGCACAAUUGAGUUCCUGGUACGAGUUUGAAUCCAAUUUUCUAGAGAAUUAUUUCCCUGGGAUCGGCGACAUCUCAAGGUUCUACGGACAAGCCUCCCUCACCCUCAUCAACGGCCACCACGCCCUGGACAACCCAGUGCCCCUCCUGCCCAACCAAGUGGAAAUCGGCACUUUGAAUGCCCACACUCCCGAGCCUCUACCCCAGGACUUGGAGGAGUUCGUCGCCGGCAGCGGCGACCACGGCGUCAUCUACUUCAGCCUCGGCAGCUACGCCAGGAGCUCUGACAUACCAGCGCGGGCAAAACUGGAGUUUGUGGAGGCUUUCCGAAAGCUGCCGCAGAAAAUCAUAUGGAAAUAUGAGGCGGACGACCUCGACCUUCCCCCCAACGUCCUCACGAGGCCAUGGCUUCCCCAGCAGGACAUUCUGGGCCAUCCGAAAACUCGAGUGUUCAUCUCUCACUGCGGCAUCAUGGGUGCGCAGUAGGCCAAGUACCACGGCGUACCAGUGCUCGCCGUACCAAUCGCCAUCGACCAGCCCCGCAAUGCCGCCCGGAUGGUGCGCCAGAAAGUCGCAAUUUCCCUGUCGUGGAGCACUGUCACCGCGGAUCAAAUUGUUGAUGCUCUGAAUUUCCUUGUUAACGACACUAGCUACUCGGAGCGCCUGCGUCGCACGUCCGCCGUCCUGCAGGAUCAGAAGGAGAGUCCCGCGGACCGCGCCGUGUGGUGGGUAGAGUACGUCAUCCGGCACGGGGGGGCGCCGCACCUGCAGUACCCCGGCCAGCGCCUGCACUUCCUGCAGUACAUCUGUGCAGAUGUGCUGCUGUUCCUCGCUGUCUGCACUUACUUUUGGAUCACUGGAGUAAGCAAAGGGUGGAACACUGCCUCCUCCGACGGCGGCAAGGGGCGACUGAAGAGUGCGACUGCGGGAGCAGCUUCCCGAGUCUGCAAUCUGCACCAGACUCUGCGUCUGCAAACUGCGUCAGGCUCUGCGUCUGCAAACUGCGUCAGGCCCUGCGUCUGCAAACUGCGUCAGGCUCUGCGUCUGCAAACUGCGUCAGGAUCUGCGUCUGCAAACUGCGUCAGGUUCUGCGUCUGCAAACUGCGUCAGGCUCUGCGUCUGCAAACUGCGUCAGGCUCUGCGUCUGCAAACUGCGUCAGGUUCUGCGUCUGCAAACUGCGUCAGGAUCUGCGUNAUCACGUGGAUUUAGUUUUUGCACCACUGCCA